AUGGUUAAAUUGGAGCUGCGAGAGUUUGCCGAGGCCACCCGGCGCAUGGUGCAACUCAGCGGGAUGAAGAAGUCGCGGUUAAUGCUGCGCGCACGCCCCAGCAGCGGCCACAACACGUUUGUGCUGAAAUCGACGGACGGACGCACCACCCUCACGACGCGGGUGACGCAUCAGGGGGAGCUGAAGCUCGUGGAAGGCAUUGUGAACGACUUCGUUGGGAGCUGCACUUCCGCCGUAGCCUCGCUAGGGGGAGGCCAAACGUCACUGCCCGCCCCACCACUGCCCCCCGCUCCCGCGCCGGGCAAGCAAGCGGAGCGUGGCGGCAUCAGCAGCAGCGCCCCGCAGCUCUCUUCUUCAGCGGGAGGAAAGGGCGGCAGCAAGCAGGUGGGGAAGUCUGCUGGUGGCGGUGCGAACGCCAACCAGCAUGAACAGCACGGUAACAAGAAGCGGAAGGGUGGCCGUCGAUAG